UCUCUGCAGUUGGUGACGUUUCGCAAGCGCGGCAAAGGCAAAGCGCGCGGGGAGGGAGCGCCUCAGAACCACCACCACCACCACCCUAGCAGCGUGCAAGACUUUAACAACAACAACAAACAACAACAACAAACAACAACAACAGACACGUUCGGUUUAACGUGCCACUGUUACACACACUGUACUCCUAGCCAAGGAGGAGGGUUUUUGUUUAAUUUUGCGUGAGGAGAGAUUGGGAGCAGCGGUAAACAGAGAUCCUGGCCGCUCCUGCUGCUGCUGCUAAUUCUCUAUCAUCACUCUCUGAGCGGUAAACAGAGAUCCUGGCCGCUCCUGCUGCUGCUGCUAAUUCUCUAUCAUCACUCUCUGAGCGGUAAACAGAGAUCCUGGCCGCUCCUGCUGCUGCUGCUAAUUCUCUAUCAUCACUCUCUGAGCGGUAAACAGAGAUCCUGGCCGCUCCUGCUGCUGCUGCUAAUUCUCUAUCAUCACUCUCUGAGCGGUAAACAGAGAUCCUGGCCGCUCCUGCUGCUGCUGCUGCUAAUUCUCUAUCAUCACUCUCUGAGCCUGCCGGGGCUACACGCGGGGGGAAAGGGUCCUGCGGUACAACAGUAGCGGUACAGCGGUGUAGCAGCAGCGAUGAUCCCCGUGGCCGAGUUCAAGCAGUUCACAGAGCAGCAGGCCGCCUUCCGCGUCCUCAAGCCCUGGUGGGACGUCUUCACCGACUACAUCGCCAUCGCCAUGCUCAUGAUCGGCGUCUUCGGCUGCACGUUGCAGGUCACCCAGGACAAAAUCAUCUGCCUGCCCAACCACGUCCUGCCCGUGCCCGAACCCCUCGCCGCGCCGACGUCGGCCGCCCCGACCGCCCCGACCGCCAACAACGCCACGGCCUCCCCCCCGGCGCCGCCGGCGAGCGCCGCGCCGCCAAUCCCGAGCCCUCGAGGCGUCAAGACCAACCUGGACUUCCAGCAGUACUUGUACGUCAACCAGAUGUGCUACGAGCGCGCCCUCCACUGGUACGCCAAGUACUUCCCCUACCUCGUUCUCAUCCACACGCUCGUCUUCAUGAUCUGCUCCAACUUCUGGUUCAAGUUCCCCGGCACGAGCUCCAAGAUCGAGCACUUCAUCUCCAUCCUGGGCAAGUGCUUCGACUCGCCGUGGACCACGCGGGCCCUCUCGGAGACGGUCGGCGGCGAGAACCAGGAGGGCGACGGCAAGGGGGCCGGCGGCGUCGGCGCCAGCUUCGUCCGCGGCAGGAGGAGCAGCUUAGCCGGCGACGACGAUGACGACGAUGACGACGACGAUGCGGCCGUGGUGACCACCGCCGGGAGGGGAGGUUCGACCCGGAGGUCGUCGGCGGCGGCGGCGGCGGCGGACAUGGGGGCGGCCGAGGUGGGGCUCGGCAAGCCUCUGCAGGCGUCGGCAGGCGUCGGCGUCGGCGGCGGUGCCGGUGGUGCCGGCGUCGGCGGAGACUGCGGAGUGGUGGGAAAGUCGAGCAUCAACAUCCUGGACAAGAAGGAGGGCGAGCAGGCCAAGGCGCUGUUCGAGAAGGUGAAGAAGUUCCGCAUCCACGUGGAGGAGGGGGACAUCCUGUACACCAUGUACGUCCGGCAGACGGUGGUCAAGGUGAUCAAGUUCGUGACGAUCAUCGCCUACAACGGGGCCUUCGUGCACCAGGUGCGCUUCACGGUGCGCUGCCGCGUGAACGUGCGCGACGUCACCGGCUACGGCGACUUCUCGUGCAACCACUCGAUGGCGCAUCUCUUCUCGAAGCUGUCGCUCUGCUACUGCUGCUUCGUGGGGGCCUACGGCGCCGUGGGCCUCUACACGCUCUACUGGCUCUUCCGCCGCUCGCUACGGGAGUACUCCUUCGAGGGCGUCCGCCGGGAGACGCGCAUCGGCGACAUCCCGGACGUGCGCAACGACUUCGCGUUCAUGCUGCACCUCACCGACCAGUACGACCCGCUCUACUCGAAGCGCUUCGCGGUCUUUCUCUCAGAGGUGAGUGAGAACAAACUGCGUCAGAUGAACCUCAACCACGAGUGGACGCCCGACAAACUGCGCCAGAAGAUCGGCCGCUCGGCCAGCGGCGGCCGAGCCGAGCUGCACCUCUUCAUGCUCGCAGGCCUGCCGGACGGCGUGUUUGAGGUGACGGAGCUGGAGUCGCUGCGCUUGGAGCUCAUCACCGACGUGACGAUCCCGCCGUCCGUGGCCCAGCUGGCGUCCCUGCGUGAGCUGGCGCUCAUGGGCUGCCCCGUGGUGCGGGUGCAGGCGGCCGCACUGGCGUUCCUGCGCGACAGCCUGCGGGUGCUGCGCGUCAGGUUCAGCGAGCAGAGGGAGGUGCCGCCCUGGAUCUACUCGCUCAAGGCCCUGGAGGAGCUCCACCUCCACGCGGAGUCGCGACCGGACGGCCAACGCGGCGGCGGCGGCGGCGGCAGCGGCGGCGGCGGCGGCGGCGGCGGCAACUUCUCCCUGGAGUCGCUGCGCGAGCUCAAGGCGCUGCGCUCGCUGCACCUGCGCGGCACGAUGAGCAAGCUGCCGGCGGCGGUGCUGGACGUGGCGAGCCACCUGCAGCGGCUGUCCGUGAACAACGACGGCACCCGCAUGGUGGUCCUCAACAGCCUCAAGAAGCUCGCCGGCCUCACCCAGCUGGAGCUCAUCAACUGCGACCUCGAGCGCAUCCCCCACGCCAUCUUCAGCCUCCUCAACCUGCAGGACCUGGACCUACGCGACAACAGCCUGCGCUCGAUCGAGGAGAUCCUCAGCUUCCAGCACCUGCACAAGCUGACGACGCUCAAGCUGUGGCACAACCACAUCGCGACCAUCCCGGAGCACAUCAAGCGGCUCGGCCACCUGGAGCGCCUCUACCUGACGCGGAACCGCAUCGGCGUGCUCCCCUCGCACCUCUUCCUGUGCAACAAGCUGCGCCACCUCGACCUGGCGCACAACGAGAUCCGCUUCGUGCCGCCCGAGGUGGGCGUCCUGCAGAGCCUCCUCUUUUUGUCGCUCGCGGGCAACAAGGUGGAGUCCCUGCCCGAGGAGCUGUUCUUCUGCCGCAAGCUCAAGACGCUCAGGCUCGGCG